GUAUUUUUAAAGACGGCGAAGACGUUAACUUUGAAGCAGGAAACAGAAGCUUUGCUAUUGGAAGUUACUGAGCUAAUUAAGCAGAUGAAGGCUGAUCAUGAGGGAGAAAAGUCUUUGGAGUUGGAGAAAUAGUGAAGGAACAACCUUGGCAUAACAAUUGUUUGUAUGUCACUUUGGAGGCUUCAGCAACUCCUUGCAGCCAUGCAAAAGAAAUAUUACAUGUGUGUUUAAGAUAUCUUGGAGCUAUGGAGGCAUUUUGAUUGUAAAAGCUGUCAGCUGCUGCAGGUACAGAACCAAAUGUAAGAAACAGCCAACAGAGAGAUUCAGGAGGAAACAGACUUCGUGAAGAAACACAGCCCUCUGCUGGAAGAAAAGCUGAAUCCAAGGGCACAGCUGUGGAGGAUAAAUGAGGUAAAGCAUUCUGAAUUUAUUUGGACCGAAUACUGUAUGAAGUUAAAAGAAACAGAAGAGAAGAUUAUAAAGGAUGAAAAACACCUUGAGGAGUUAGUGAAGCAAAAAGCAGAAAUCCAGGAAGAUGUAAAAUGUUGGAACAGCAAAGUGAAAUAUUUGGAUAACAAAAUAGCAGCCCAAGGAGAUGAGAGUGUAAAAUUAUCAGAUGCUGCUUCUUAAAUGAUAAAAACUGUGGAAGAAUUAGAAAUCCAUCAAGAAAGCAAUCUACUGGCCAUAAAUCAAAGGAUUCUAAAUAUUAAUGAAGCAUUGGGGAGUUUGAAAUAUAAAAAUAGGAACAUGAGGGUAAAAAAUAGAGGGUUUGUGCAAAAAAUAAGAAAUAGAGAUCAAGAAAAACUGGGGACAUUCAAGAGAAAUCCUGAGAGUAUUGUCUAUGUCACAUAUAAUGGUAUUGCUAAGGUCUCCUAUUUGCAUCAGAGUGUACAUGAAGUAGAUAAAGAGCGGAAGCAAACUGAAUAAGUGGAACAAAAAAAAGAGAAGAAAAAUAUCCUUAGACAAUGCAUGAUACUACUGCUCCAAAAAAAUGGGACUGUGACUAAAGAAGAAAUUUUAAAAACACUGAUUUUGAAAUACUAUGAAGUAGUCUUUGCCUAUGAUGAGGUCUUGAAAUCUGUUGCUAAAAACUAUCACACUAUGGAAAACCUAAAGAAUUAAUGUAAAAACCUAAAUUAUUUAUGGAAUAUGAAACAAAAACAGAUAGACAAUACAGAAAAAUCGUUUUCUUCUCUUUCAAAUAAAAAAAUGGAUGGUGUGAUGUUUAAACAGCAAAAUGUUCAGAUGGUAUUUAAUAAUCUCCAAGAUAAAAUGGCAGAAUGUUUUGUGAGGGCUUCUCUGGAUCAAAUAAUUAAAGAAAACCUGUGGUUAUCUCAAGAGUAUUAAAUCUUUCAAAACUACUAUUUAAACUGUAAAGCAGAUCUCACAGAAAUACAUGAAAAUAUCAUCAUUGUGGGAGAUGCUCCUGCCCCCGUUGUUGCCGUGUCCGUGGCCGCGGCGUUGGCGCUGCUGGCGUGGCCAGCCCAGCAUCCCAGGGCGAUGGAGCAGGGACACGCUGGCCGAGUGGUGGAGCCUCUCCAGCGAGGCCUCUCCAGCCAGGCUGGGCUGGCGAGGAUCCAGGCAGCCUCUCAGGAGAACGCUCAGAAAAUAUUAGCUGUGCAGGGGGAGUUGUCAAAAGCAAUCCAGCACAUCACUGCUUUCUUGCGUUCUUUGACAGAUGGCUCGCCGACUACAGACAACAAUGCAAACAACCAGUGUAUCUUGGAUGCUGGAAUAAAAGACAAGAAAAGUCACACAGUUCAGAUAACAGUGUAA